GAGGAGGAGAUGAGCAUCGUUUCCUAGAUGGCUGCCUCCGCGUCCCCUCAGCUGCGGCGGCGGCGGCGGCGGUUCGCGUUUUUAAAUAGGCUCCGAGGUAAACGCUCUCUGGGUACGCACCUGUGGCGCCACAGCCGCAGAGCAGUCUCUGUUUGGAGGCUUCUCGUGGAGGUAGGAGGCGGCGCGGCUGCUGUUCGCUCUUACACCCAGCAGAAGGCGCUGUGGGGGCCGGACCUAAGGGAAGGCCGCCAGCCCGAGUGUCUUGGAAGGAGCUUGUUCCCAGAGUGCACUCGGGGUCCACAAAGCAACAGCUGGGCAGCUGCGGAGGAGCCGGGACCUUGGAAGCCGAGCUUGGCUAGGUUUGGGGCCAGGUCGCAGCGGCUGCGGAGGCGGAAGCUACGCAUCUCGGGGCAGGGCCUCCGGAGCUCAUAGCGGCCCUCGGGUCCCUGGCCCCGCGCCCUUCCUCGGCUGACCUCCCUAACGCAGGCCCCGGAGUCUGGGUCGAGCCAGCCGUAAGGAGUCCCAGCAGGUGCCGGGAGCGGGGCAAGAGAAGAGGGGAAGGAGAAGAGCCAGACGCUCCAGAGCCCGCCCACCCGCGCCUCAGUCUCUUCGGGGCCAGGGCACGAGACGGAAGGCCAUGGCUGAGGCGGCGCCUGCUCCGAUUCCAGAAUGGGAAUCAGACUGUACCACUUCUCUGCAGUCCCUCCCACUGCCAAGUGAGGCCCACCUGCAGACAGCAGCCAUUUCCUUAUGGACAGUUGUGGCAGCAGUUCAGGCAGUCGAGAGAAAGGUGGAGGUGCACAGCCGGCGGCUUCUGCAUCUAGAAGGGAGGACAGGAGCAGCAGAGAAUAAACUGACUAACUGUGAAAAAACAGUGGCAGACCUUGGGAACCAGCUGGAGGGAAAAUGGGCUGUGCUGGGGACCCUGCUCCAAGAGUAUGGACUACUACAACGAAGGCUAGAAAACAUGGAGAACCUGCUGAGAAAUAGGAAUUUCUGGAUCCUCCGUCUUCCCCCAGGUAUUAAAGGAGAUAUCCCAAAGGUGCCAGUGACGUUUGAUGAUGUCUCCAUCUACUUUUCUACUCCAGAAUGGGAGAAAUUAGAAGAAUGGCAGAAGGAACUUUACAAGAACAUAAUGAAGGGCAACUAUGAGUCUCUCAUCUCAAUGGAUUAUGCUAUGACACAACCGGAAGUUUUGUCCCAAACUCAGCCAGAGGUAGAACAUAAUACAGAGAACCAAGUGAGACCAGAUGGGAGUGAGAUGACUGCAGAACCCAGUGAUGAGCCAGGCAUUUCUACAUCAGACAUUCUCUCCUGGAUUAAACAAGAAGAAGAACCCCAGGUGGAAGGUCCACAGGCAACUGAAGAAAGUGACAUAUACAAAGGCACCUAUGCUGAUGAUGAGCUUGCCAUCAAAGCUGAAAGUCUUACUGGAGGCCAGUUGUGUUCAGAUGCUCAGGUUACCUCUUCUAAUGCACCAGGAGUGACAAAAGAUGCUUUCCAGGAUGCAGCUUUCAAGAGCCAGCAUCCUCUACCUGUACUACCCUCUGGACCUUCAGUUAAUAACCCCCUUGAACCUCUUGGGGGACAGGCUAGUUUCACUCAAUUGGGUAACCUUAACCUAACCACCCCAUCUGGAGAGCAACAGCAAUACUUCCCUUGUCGUCAUUGUGGCAAGAAUUUUAAUGAGAAGGAAAUGCUGCAGGACCACCAGAGUAGUCAUGCUGGUGAGCGUCCCUUUGCCUGUGCCCAGUGUCCUAAACGCUUUGCCCAGCAGGCCAACCUCAGUAACCAUGCCCGUGUGCACACAACCGAGAGGGCUCAUACCUGCCCACAUUGCUCCAAGAGCUUUGUGCACCCCUCUCGACUUACCUAUCACCUGCGUGUUCACAGUGGUGAACGGCCUUUUCCCUGUCCAGAAUGCCCCAAACGUUUCGCUGACCAAUCCCGGCUCACUAGUCACCGACGUGGCCACUCAGGUGAGCGGCCAUUUCGCUGUGCUCAGUGUGGUCGGAGCUUCAGCUUAAAGAUUAGCCUUCUGCUCCACCAAAGGGGCCAUGCCCAGGAGCGCCCCUUCUCCUGCCCUCAGUGUGGCAUUGACUUCAAUGGCCACUCAGCACUGAUCCGCCACCAAAUGAUCCACACGGGUGAGAGACCCUACCAGUGUGGCGACUGUGGCAAGAGCUUCAUGCGUAAGGAGCACCUGCUGAACCACCAGCGGCUACAUACCGGUGAGCGUCCCUUCCACUGUGCCCACUGUGGCAAGAGCUUCAUUCGUAAGCACCACCUGAUGAAGCACCAACGGAUCCACACAGGCGAGCGACCCUACCCCUGUCCCUGCUGCGGCAAGAGCUUCCGCUAUAAACAGACGCUCAAGGACCAUUUGCGAGCAGGCCAUGAUGGAAGCUGCAGUGGUGAUGGAGACGUACCAGGGCAGCCACCUGAUCCCCCUGGCCUCCUCUUACCAGGGCUUGAGCCCACAGGCUUAGGAAUUGGAGCCGAUGGCCUGGAGGCCAACCACUGGUAUGGGGAGGGUGGUGGAGGGGGUGUUUUGUAAAUCCUUCAUCUCUUGUUUAUCUAGCAAGUGGAGAGUCCCAAGAAGAGUAAGGGAGUCCAAGAUCAUUUAAAAUUGGCUCUUCAGUUCAUUUUGGGCAUUAUACAUGUAACUAGGAACAUACCUGAUUGUUCAGAUCUUCACUAUACUUCAAAUAAUGAAGAUAUAUUGUGAAACUCAGAGGAGCUUGAAAAGAAUCCACUCACCCUGUUCUUAUGAAGAAAUUAUAUGAACUGAAGAGGUGAUAAUGUUGCAAAGAGGCCGAAAGCAAAAAAUUGGUAAAUCACUGGCAGAUAAUCCAAAUUCAUUUGUAGGUUGAAGCCCAGGGGAGGGACAGGUGGCCUGGGAAACCCCUAAAACUUGAUACCUUCUCUGUACAAUGGGAUUGAUGGGACAUUGAGGCUUCUCCCUAAUUCCUGGGUGGGUGAAGUGAUUAGAGGGGAGUGCUGAACAAGGAGCCACCAAAUCAAGGCUGGUGAUCUCUCCUCUUGAUUCUAGCUUAGACCCUCCUGCUCCAUCUUGUAGUUCUGCUUAUCUUCCCUGAAAUAGACCCAGCUUGAUGGAGAUUCCCUCAUCCUUGUCAACUCCAGACUUGGCCUGCUACAAGAUUUCUUGGAUUUAAUCAGUGUGAUUUUCUUUAAAUAUAGGAUUCAGUCUAGGGUAAGAGAUAACAAUUGUGUAGGUCAGGAAUCUCCAUAAGGAGAAUUGGUUGGUUUUGAACUUUUCACUGGCUUGGUUUACAGUCUUCCCUCUCUAGUCUUCAAGACUACUGAAAUUUGAAAUUUCUCAGAAACCUCCACCCAAGCCAGCUGUUGCCUAGUCCCAAUGCAGAUUCAAAUCGGAAAUUAGCAUUCUCAGCCUAUACAUGGUCCUUCACCCCAAAAUCUGAGAAAUAGGAUUCAUUGGAAUAAAUGACAGGCCAUGUCCCAAAGGGCCCAGUAUUUGUGACUAAGCCAUCAAUUUUAGAUGUGAAUACAUCUAAUGUAUACAUGUUUCUAUGUCUUGACAGAAAUAAUAAGCUGACUUUUCUCUUUCUGAUAUUUUGGACAUUUGUGACAAUAGUUGGCAGAAAAAGAUUACAACCCAGUUUUCAAACUAGCUGAAGACUCACUUUUUUUUUUUCGGAAACAAUGAAGCUAAACUAUUUUAGCAAUGUGGCUGGCUCAAACCAUUAGAGGAAGUGUGUCUUCACCCUCAUUUGGCCCUCCUUGGAAAAGCAGAUAGAAGCUUCCUCCCUAGCUGGUAGCUGGCCCUACCUUGUACAUAAACAACCUAUCUGUCCCAUGUUAUGCUCUCAGAGCUAUUGGCUAUUGUAUACACAAGUUCAUUAGUUGUUGAAUAUGGGUCCCCCAGACAUCUAGAACAAUUGAGCCACCUGGCUCUGUUCUUCUCUGGGUUUAGGCCAGUUACUUCCUUCUCUGGGCCCUAAUUUACCUUUCUGUAAAUUAAGAACAGUGCCUGCCCCAUUCACCUCAGAAGGUUGAUGUGAGAAAUAAAUAAGACCUGAAGUAAGAACUCUAUAGAAAUGCAGAAGGAUGUGAUUGAGGUGGGUAGCAUAUUCUCCUUCCAGCUUCUCUAUUUUUUUAGCCUCUUGUAGGCAGAGCCGAAUAGGACAACAGAGUCAGGGUGGAGAGAUUGCUGACUGAAGCUUGACCCACAUCUAUUAGAGAUGUACUUAAGAACCAAGAACCUUUGAGAGAAAUGGGUGGUGUUCUCAUACUGAAGUUGCAGCCGUGCACAUUGGCAAGUGAGGCUAUCAGCCUCAGCCAGAAGGAGAAAAACUAACAGCCUCUUGCCAAGUACUCAUUCUGUGCUCCAGAGAAUACUAUAGUCCAUGUUAUUCAAUGACAAGACCUUUACUUGGUGGUUUGAGUGAAAAAGGCAUGUCUUUCCCUCAAACAGGAAAGCUAUGUAAUAUUUGGUGGGAAGAGCAUUGUACAACAGGUUAGGACAUCUGAGUUUUGCCACUAACUGCUUUGCAACUAUGGGCAAAACACCUUUCUCAGUUUCCUUAUCUGUAAAAUUUUUAGGUGACCUAGAUCUGCAAUAUUUUGAUUCUGUGAGAUAUAGCAUACUGAAUGAAAAAGAAUGUACAGAUUUCCUAGAAAGAAGCCACAGUAGGAAAGCAAGUGCCUGACUCUCUUAGCACUGACACAGAUUGGGAGUGUAAAUGGACUCAUGAUUAUCUCAUCUACUCUCCCUGACUAGUGAAGUGAUCCCCAGGCUAGCAACUGCAAGGAAAUAAUUUGUUUUUUGAAGAUCAGAAUAUGGAUAACCAAAAUGUUAGUUAAACAGAAGGGCUUAAUUCCAUAAGUAGAAAGGUUCCUGGAGGGCAAUUUCAAGUCCCCAGCAAGGAUCAAGCUCUUAGCCUAGGGUUGGAAAAGAUGCUUUUAGAUCACAAGCUCUCAUAAACAAAAAAGACAAUCCCUAACCAUGACUCCUAGCUCCUGUCAACCAUGUGUCCCAUGAAUUCUCAGUAGUCUCCAUUUGUAGGAGAGGAGUUUAAUACAUGUUAGCUUGUUACCAGUAUUCACCAAUUCUGCCCUCCCUUCCAGUUAAAAGACUAUGUCUUUAUGCACAGAUGUCAUCUAUCUCCCUAGCCAUUUAAAACCAUUGAUGAUUUUUGACUGCCAAGCAGUGACACAUAGCACUAAUUAAUCCAGUUGGUUUAUUAAGGAGAUCAGAAUAAACAGACUCUCUUUGCUGGGUGUUUUCAUUGUCUCUUGUAAAAUGACAUCAUUAAUUGAUAUGCAAAGUGGUGAACGCUGGUAAAUAACCAGCCUGUAAAAAUGGUCAUCAUUCUUCACUCUUGGUCUGAUACUGGAGGUACCUUAUUGUAGGCCCUGGGGUAACAGCAAGAACCUCCAUGACUUCUCAUCAAGGAACUAUUAAGCACCUGAUGGAGGUGAGGUGCUCAGGUAAUUAACAGAACUUUGAGAAAGAGAUGGCUGCCUUUAGGCAUCACAGACUGUUCCAGGGAUUUUGCUUUUUUGUAGAAUUGAAUACUUGGAGCCUCAGUCAUAGGAGAUCUAGGCUUCCACGUUCCAUAGUGUAAAGAUAACUUAUGAGUUUGUGCUCAGGCCCCUUCUACAGAAUGAGGAGACUGCAUCAGAAAAAGCAAUCCCAGAAAUCUGUAAUUCUUGAGGAUGGCCUUAUGGAACAGAAGUGAAUCUGUCAGGCUAGUGGGAGAGGUUCCCUGAUCUUCCUCUGGUGGGGCUAGUGGGUGGUCUGUAAGCUUUAACCUCAUUCUUCUUCAGCUCCAUUCCAGGCAGGAGUACAUUUCUAGAUUAGAAUAACCUGUUCAGCUCAUAGGUGUUUUGUGCAAGGAAAUUUUUUUUUGUUUUAGCAAUUUUUGCAACCUGAAUAUAAGAGUUAUGUUUCAUGAGCAACAGUAAAAAGCAUACUCAGAUGUGUACUCCUGCAGAUUGUCCCUUCCUUAAAUGCUACUCUACUCUAGUUUGGAGUUUACUGUCAGAAACUAAAAAUGGUUAUUUUUGCCCCUCCCUAUGGCCCCCAACCUCAAAGAACUAAAGUUUUUUUUUCAGUACACAAAAAUAUACUUCACGUCACUGUGUGUCAGCUGUGAAAUUUUUAAAAGGAACCUCCUAAACAAUUAGAUAUAUUCAUAAUUACAAAAAGAGAAGUCAACCAGAGAAUACUGAUAUGAAGUCAGGAAGACAUCUGUGCCCAGCCAAAAACAGGACCGGGAUACUCUGAAUGACUGUUGAAUAAGCAGUUUAAAUAAAGUCAUAGGAGUUUUGAUAAAGCUUCAUGCUUCAAGUUUUUAUUUUUGGUUAAAAAAACUGGGGAGAAAGCUGGUGUAGAAAAAUAGGUACAGAAGCAUCUUUGGAGUUAGGAAGAUUCAGGUUCAAGUCCUGCCUUGGACAGGUAUUGGCUGUGUGAUUAGAUAAGUCAUGACCAGUCAGUUCCCCUAAAACUGUUAUAGAUGAGCUGCCAGUCUGCAUUAGAAGUGGGAGAUUCCACAUGAGAAGUUCUUCACCUAUGAAAUCAGAUUCACCCCCCUCUCCAAAAAAACCCAUGCUAUUAAUAAAGUCUAGAAAAUGGAAUACCAGCAAUUUAAAUUCCCCAAGAACAAGAACUUUGCUUUCCAAAUCUUUGGUAUCUUCCAUUAUGCCUGGCACAAAACUGGUUAUAUAGCAUUCCCUAAAAUUUAUUUAGUGAAACUGGGGGAGGGGAGGGACACUGAACAGAGUCCAAAGACUGAAGAUCAAGAUGAUCAGUUCUGUUACUGAACAGCUGUGAGACUGCAUAAAUCACAACUUUUCCAACCCACUGCUUUGUCUAUAAAUGAAGGGAUUGGACUAGAUUCUUAUAGAAGCCAGGUAAAAUUAUAUGAUUCUGCCACCUGAUUUUUGGGUAAGCGUCCCCAUUUUAAAGAUAGGGUCAUAUGUAUUCUCUUUUUAUCUUUGCAAUAACUUUGGAAUACAGACAUUAAAUGAGAUAAUAAGCACUAAGUACUCUGAAACUACAGCAUCAGGUAAGUGCAAGGUUGGAAAAUAGAAGGUGCACAAGUCAUUUAUUAUAAAUUAUAAUUGGGCCAGCUAUAAUCAGCUUACCAUUGGCGAUUGUUUUGAGGGAUUUGAUGUAGGAAGAAACUCCAAAAACAUCUAAUUGACCUUAUUUUAUAGAUUAAAAAAUUGAGGCUCUGGAAGGUGUGAAGUGAAUUGCUUAAAAUCAUAGGUUUUAAAUAGCAAAACUACGAUUUGAACCCAUUAUAUCAUUUUAACUGGUCCCACUACAAAUUUAUGUUGCAUAAUCUCAACUGGGGCCUCACUGCUGCAAGACAAUGCUUUUACACCUUAAAUGAUUCACUGUCCCACCCACCACAGCAGUUUUCCCAAACUUCUUUUUUCAAUGGCUCAAGACUCCCCCACCCUCACCCCACUCAAGCUGAGAAUGAUGCUUAUAUUUCAUUGAAAACAUUGAGGUUAUGUGCCAAGAGCUCCCUCUUCUUCCUUCACCUCACAUCACUCAGAUUCCUUUUGCUAUUUCUCCAUUCAUCUUAUCAAAAGUUGGCCUUUCUUGCCAAGGCAAACCCCUUUACAUGCACAAAUGAUCCCAUUCUACCCCAUCCUCAGCAGAUUGCCCACUCUCACUUAUCUUUAAUUCUUUCUGCUAGCCGCUUCCUCAAUACCCACAAACAUGCCUAUUGUCCUCAUCCUCAACAAACUCACUUGAUUUGUUCAUCCCCACUCGCCUGUCAAGACUGGUUUUAUAGGGAAACUAGGGCCUUGGUAGACAAAAGUUGCCAGAAGACCUUCUCUAGCCUUAGGGACCUCUGUCAAAAGACUUAACUACUUUAACACUGAGCAGCCUUGAUAUCCUUCAAAAGUGUUUUUACAGGUGGAAAUACGACUGUAAAAUAAGAGGAUUUUGUUUAAGUAAAUGUGCUGGGAUUUUCAUCCAAAUGCUGUGCCAUUUUUUAAGUAGUCACCUUUUGAAUAUGUAUUUCAACAAUGUGGCCAUUGCCAAAUUAUGCUUUGGAACUGCUCUUCCAGAAUGACUUUCAGUCCCACUAACUCCACACUCAUCCUGGACCCCUGAAGCCUCUUCCAGAGAAGCUGGUUUCUCACUGAAGUCCUUGGCAUAAAUCAUAAAACCUCCAGUUAGAGUUGUGAGAACACUAAAAGUAUUUUUAUACUUGGAUCUCCUGAGAGGCAUAAAAACCCUAAGCACCAGAAAACUGUAGGUGAUUGGAGUGAGGGAGCUACCUGCCUGGGGUCUCCACUAUGCCCAGCUAUUAGGCUUCAACCUAACCUCAGGGCAGGAAAUUCAAGGGGUUAGGGAUGGAGGAAGAGAGUGACUUAUGAAAGAGGUUUCCUAUAGUUAUCUCUUUAGAGCUAGUCUAAGACACGAGAAGAAAACCAGUCUCUUUAUAGGGUGAUUCUCUUUCAUGUUCCCUCCACCCCCAAAAAAAGCAGACCCACAGUUUUGGCAAGCUUUCUCUAACUCACUAGAAUCGACCAAUCUAAAUAUAAAAUCUACUUUCAAAAUAAUGGAAACUUGUCCCAUUGAGGAUAUUCAAAAGAAUGUACUGUAGGUUUUGAAGACAAUUACCAAUAAAUGACAUCCUCUAAUCACAAAUAUAUAUGACUCCUACAUACAAAUAUAGGUGCAAGAAGUUAAUACUUUUUCAGCUCAAGCCUCCCCUCUGUGGGUUCAUUUUGUUUUGAAGCUGCUCUCUAACUCCUUCCCCUGGUCAGCCAUGUGAGGACAGUCAAACAGGUUUUGGAGGUAGUGGUCAGUGAUGAGAAGUCCACUUUUGUUUCACCCCUCCUGAUUUUUUUAAAUUUCCCAUAACUCUUGGGGUCCACCUUGCCACAGUUCUUACAGUUUUUAUGAUCCUGUCACCCAAAUACCUAUGCUUCAAAGAAUAUGUAAAGGAAUGACAGACAUUUAAAACCCCAAAACAAAAUUAAACCAUUCGGAAAGAUGGCUUAUAAAGCAAAGUCAAAAUUCCAAGAGAAUAAAAUACUGAGGGAAGAAUCAAAAUUUUCUCAGCAAACGUAGUUUUUUCAGAAGGAAAUAAUGGAGCAUAUUUCAAAAUGUAUUAGUAGAAAACAAAAAUAUUUGGUCUAUAAGAAACAAAUUUUGUAUUUUUUCCAUAAAUAUGAAUAAAAAUGUUCACUAAAGGGGAACCCUGAAACUAGGUGAGUUGUCAUAAUUUUGGCAAAAGAUAGAUGAUUCUCUGUAAAACUAAAUGAGUCAAAUGACCUCCAAUUAUCUCCCCUAUUUUUCCCCAUUAUACUAUCAAGAGCUCUACUGUCUUUAUAGACACUUGCUUCAUUCACUAUGUUCCUAUUUAACCCAAUUAACCGAGUGACAGAAUUUCAUUGGUCUUUUCUAGAUUCACUUAUAUUAAAUCCAUUAUUUAUUAAAUGCCUAUUCUGUGCAGUAUGUCAUGCUAGAUGCUAGAGAUACAAAAAUAGGUACAACAGACCACUUUACUCUUAAGAUACUUGAGUAAUUUAUCUUAUUGAGUGUAGGUACAUGAUGUCUUUCUUCCUACUUAGACUUAAGGAAUAGAUCAGAAUUAUCAAUUCUUUGAUACUUGAUACUCAUUGAGAUAAGUGCUCCCUCCAGUGGUGCAUGUCACUGCAUCUACAGCUUAUCUGAUGUGACUCUUCUAUGUCCUCCUAUAAAUUCUCCAUAGUGAAUCCAUUCAACCUGUUGAAAGCUUUUGUCUAGAUUUCUUCACAUUAUAUGGGUACCAAUGAUACACAGGCUAUUUGUUAUCUCUCACUGUUGAUACAUAACUGACCUGUUGCCUUCUGGUCUUGCAUCCCUUUGAUAUCCUUUAUGGCAUUUCUGGCAUGCAAUUAUUCACGUAUAAUUUGCUGUCUCCUACUUAAGCAGCCAUCAAGUAUCUCUCUGUUGCUCUUUUUGGUGACUUGAAAUAAAAAGUGACAAAGUAGCCUAUUAAAUGUUUUUUGUGACCUUUGGAUGAAUAAUAAAACCAAUUUUACCAAUUCCA